GCUCGCCUCGCACUCCUGCAUGUGAUGCAGUUUCGCGUUCUCUCUUUAAGAUAUGCAAACUGUUUAUUGAGCUGUAAAACUGAAUACUGUUGCAGGAGCUGGUGCCAGCGAGCUAACGCUUUCGGCCAACCAUCGACUUUAACAUAGAACUAUCGCUUGUAUUUGUGAUUGUAAUUGACAGAACGACAUUAUGCGAAAGUAUAAUUGGCGAAAUAUAUUCCUUUAAAACGUUGGUUGGUGUUAUUAGCAGGUCUCAAUUCAUUCCAGUGUUAGCAACAUUAGUCGCAGGCUAACAGUGAUGUUGCGGUUGGUGUAAAGAGAGGCUCAGAUGAGCUCAGUAUGUAUGGAAGCAGCCCUAGCUCACUGACUGCAAAUGGCAGUGACACUAAGAAACAACGUCUGGAUGAGUCACCUCCUUCAAGAGUUCUUCACAUUAGAAAGCUUCCCAAUGAAGUAUCAGAGACAGAAGUCAUUGCACUGGGGCUUCCCUUUGGAAAAGUUACUAAUAUACUGAUGCUGAAGGGUAAAAACCAGGCAUUUCUGGAGCUCAGUACAGCAGAAGCUGCUAUUACUAUGGUGAACUACUAUGCAGCUGUUACACCACAGGUCAGAAAUAGUCCCGUCUUUAUCCAGUACUCAAACCAUAAGGAACUGAAAACAGACUCUGCGCUAAAUCAGAGAGCCCAAGCAGUGCUUCAGGCAGUCUCAGCCGUUCAGGAUGGAAGUUCUCCAUCAUCUGAUCAUGGGGUUCUGGACCUUGCUCCACCUCCCAGUCCUGUCCUACGUAUUAUAAUAGACAACAUGUUUUAUCCCGUGACUCUCGAUGUUCUGCAACAGAUAUUCAGUAAAUUUGGGACUGUGAUGAAGAUAAUUACUUUCACCAAGAACAACCAGUUUCAAGCACUCCUGCAGUUCAGUGAUCCUGUCAAUGCCCAACAGGCUAAACUGUCUCUUGAUGGACAGAACAUCUAUAAUUCAUGCUGUACUUUGAGGAUAGAUUUCAGUAAACUGGUCAACCUUAACGUCAAAUACAACAAUGAUAAGAGUCGGGAUUACACUCGACCAGACCUGCCCACUGGCGAUGGCGAUUCAAGCAAGGAUCAUUCUUUAUUGGGUACCCCAUCUGGAGCGCUAGCUUCAUACUCAAGUGGGGCAGGUUAUUCAUCCUCUCUCUCCCUCUCACAGGGUACAGGAGCUGUUAGCCCUCUGAGUGCUGCUGCCGCUGCAGCAGCUGCUGCGGGACGUGUUGCUCUGUCAGGGUCUGGAGUUUCUGGAGUCCUUUUAGCAUCUAACCUGAAUGAAGAGAUGGUCACGCCUCAAAGUCUCUUUACCCUCUUCGGUGUCUAUGGUGACGUGCAGCGGGUGAAGAUCCUCUACAAUAAGAAAGACAGUGCUCUGAUCCAGUUAUCAGAUAGUAACCAGGCUCAGCUGGCAAUGAGCCACCUGAAUGGACAGAAGGUAUUUGGUAAAGUGAUGAGGGUGACACUCUCCAAACAUCAAACUGUGGCUCUGCCCAGGGAAGGACUAGAUGAUCAGCUCUUAACUAAAGAUUUUUCUGGCUCUCCUCUACAUCGGUUCAAGAAACCAGGAUCCAAAAACUUCCAGAACAUCUUUCCUCCCUCUGCAACACUUCAUCUCUCCAAUAUCCGGGAUGGCAUCGGAGAAGACGACCUGCGUCUCCUGUUCUCCAAUGGCGGGGGAGCAGUCAAGGCCUUUAAAUUCUUCCAGGACCGUAAGAUGGCCUUGAUCCAGAUGUCAUCAGUAGAAGAGGCCAUCCAGGCACUCAUGGAUCUUCAUAAUUAUGACAUGGGCGGGAAUCACCAUCUCAAAGUUUCUUUCUCCAAGUCCACCAUCUAAACUUGGUAGCUGAUGUGAAGUGCUGCACUGAGCGAGGUGGUCGCUGUCGUACACUAUAGUAAAAAAAAAAAAGAAAGUCAAAUUCAUGGUUCCUUCAAUUUCUUGACCAGUAGAAAGCCAAAAGGUUGUUAAUGUAAUUAAAGCUCAAUCCUUAAAAGAGCUAGUGAUCUGGUGUGCUGCUCCUUCCUACAGUGUGAUCCAGUGUCACAUCACAACUGUUUGAGCCAUGCCUUCUGUCCCUCUCUUUCUGGGCUUUAUCAACAAAUGAUCUGAUAUGUACAAGUAUGUCAUGUUGCAACUUGAAAAAACUCCCUGCCCCAAAAGUAUUCUUUCAACACAGAUCAAGCUAAACAUGAUCUUUAAAAGUAGCCCAUUCAAGGAAAGAACUAAAAAGGGGAAUACAGUAAGCAUUGACUUAUGCAUAUGACAUGGAAUAAAUUUGGCGCAAAGUCACAUGUCAUUUUGUUCAAGUCUUUUGGUUGAACUGCUCUGAAAAAGGUUUCAACACGUUUCUAGUCUUGGUCUCUGGAUUUAGAAGAGACUGGUCAGUACAUGUGCAAAGUACAUGUGCCUUUAGAUAUUUUACUUGAUUCUUAGCAGUUUGGAGAGGUUAGUUUCUCAUUCUAUUGCUUGGUCUCAUUUUGUAAAUUCAUUAGUUUUUGGGUUUUUUAAAUAAACAUUUGUCAUUUAA